AGUGCACUUCGCGUUCAUAGAUUAAGCUUGCUGCAUUCGCUCUGUAAGGUGACCAUCGUUGGAAGAAAGGUUGAUAAAUAUUUUCGAGAACGUUUAUCCUUAUCAUGGCAGAAGCCCGGGGAGUUCGGGAGGUAGCUGGAGUGAAGGUUAUUGGUACCCCUGCGCGUCAUGUAGACCUCGAUGAAAAUGUCAAUUUCGUCUUCUUGAGUCUUGUCUGGACGAGCAGAAAAUGGGGCAAAUGUCUCGCCCAGAUCACUGCUCUGUGUGAUGAGGAUUCUCUGGACACGUAUGUAAAGCCAACUCGUACCAAACUGCUGGAUACCAAGUAUCUUAAGUGGGCCGCCAAUCUGGAAUGGGAUGGAUCGACCAUGAAGAAGGGCGGCAUCGCGAUUCCAGCAGACGACAUUCUUGAACUCGAGGCAGCAAUGACUCUGCUGGUGGAAUGGCUCAGAGAAAAGGAACCUGUCGUUUGCGUGGUGGGGGACUUCAUGCUGAACGACUCGUGCCUGCUUGUCAACCUGCUAAGCCAAGCUGACCUGUACAGUGCAUUCGCCAGCGUUUGUCGUGGGUUCAUAAGCGGCUACACUAUCCUCCAGGACAGGUGGAAAGGAGCAAGAAACGUCAUUUUCAGUGCCCAGAAACUCAGGGAUGCAAUGCAGGCUAUACAUUGCGACCUGCAGCUCCUCCAGGAAAAAUCCUUGACCGUGGAGUGUGUGCAACAGUAUUAUGCGGAUACGGAGAGGACAUAUUGGGCUCGGACCACUUUUAAGGUUCUCUAUGACGAGAAAGUGAUCAGCAAAAGCCAUGCUCGGCGACUGGCGGUUGCUGGAUGGACCUUUAAUGAUAUGAAGGAGAUCUACAGGAACGACGGUGACGAGGUGCUCAAAUACAAGCUCGGUUUAGUUACCCGGGAUGUGUUUGUGAAUCUUCAGGGAAUUGUAAACCCGGACGUGUUAAGCAAGAAAAACAUAAACGAUAUUUGCAAUUUCUUGAAGAAAAACAAAUAAUUGCUUUAUGUCGAGUUGCCUUUCUACACUGAUUAUCCAAAAUGUAUUGAUAGACGUUUAGCACAUUCUUUAGCAGUGCUU